AUGGGAGUAAAUACUGAUGGGGAGGAGGUGAAUCCAGAAACAUCACUUCGGGAUGAUAAUCAGCACACAACAGGGUUUCGGCCGAUGGAACACAAGACAGAGCAUGCUAGAAGCAAGGAGAGCUUUCUUUUAGACGAUGAUUGUACUGGGGGAAUUCAAGAUCCAAAACUAACGGGUGCAACGGACACCUCCUUCAUCUCACCUCAACAGCAGAUGUCAUCAAAAAAUAGGUCUGUGGUUUCCAUUAAAGAAAAACCGACAUCUGUCGCAACCUGCAACUCUUGUCCAUCAGAUGACAUGUGUGCCCAACAAAAGGAAUGCAAGUUGCAACCAUUUGAUAUCACUAAGAUCUUAGACACCGACAUUAAUGGUGCUUGGGAAGAUUGGGAUAAAGCAUACAAAACACUGCUCGAUGAAACAUUCUCUAGUGAUGGGAAUGGACCUGCACACGAAUUACCACUCAAUCCGGCGCUCAAUCCUGAUAUAGACAAGGUGGAUGAUGAAGGAUAUACUCUCAUGUACAAGGCAGCCUUAGUAGGUAAUCUAAAAAAGGUUGAGUAUCUUAUUUCACAAGGAGCGAACAUAGAGUCACCAAGCAAGGGUGGACUUCAGCCUCUUCAUGUGGCAGCUAGAGAAGGGCAUGCUGAUAUUGUGGAUUGCCUCAUUCUGCACGGAGCGGAUCCUAGUGUCCAAUGUGAAAUGGGUCAAACACCUCUUCACAGAGCAGCAGUAAAUGGGCAUAUCUGCAUCUUGAAAAGUCUUAUUGCAGAAGGGGUCAAUGUCAACAAGGCUGAUAAGCAAGGUUGGACAUCAUUCAAUGCUGCCAUUGCAUACGGUCAUCUAGUAGCUGCCAAAUAUCUCAUGGAUAAAGGUGCCAAGCAGCACAAAUAUGAUGGAGCGACCCCACUAUAUGAUGCAGCUGAAUUGGGUCAUUUAGAUAUCGUGGAAUUCUUCAUUUCCAAUGGGGGUGAUGUUAAUGAAGAAAAUGAUAAUGGGACAAUCCCAUUACAUGGAGCUGCUAUUAAGGGUGACCUGAAGAUCAUGAAAUAUUUCAUUCAACAGGGGUCUGAUGUGAACAAAGCUGAUUCAAAUGGUUGGACACCAUUCAAUGCUGCUAUUCAAUAUGGCCAUCUAGAAGCUGUCAAAUAUCUCAUGGAUAUAGGAGCCAGGCAGAACAUGUAUGGUGGAAUGACCCCACUCUAUGCUGCAGCUCAGUUCGGUCAUUUAGACAUCGUGGUAUUCUUCAUUUCCAAUGGAUCUGAUGUGAAUGAAAUUGACGAUAAUGGGAGGAUCCCAUUACAUGGAGCUGCUAUCAAUGGUAACGUGGAGAUCAUGGAAUAUCUCAUUCAACAAGGGUCUGAUGUGAACAAGGCUGAUACACAAGGUUGGGCACCAUUUAUUGCUUCCAUUCAAUACGGUCGUCUAAGAGCUGUGAAAUAUCUCUUAAAUAAAGGAGCCAAGCAGAACGGAUAUGAUGGCAUGACCCCACUUUAUGCUGCAGCUUUAUUAGGUCAUUUUGAUAUCGUGAAAUACUUAAUUUCUAAUGGCGCUGAUGUAAAUGAAGAAGAUGAUAAUGGAAGGAUUCCUCUUCAUGGAGCUACUAUUAACAGUAACAUGAUGAUCAUGGAAUAUCUCAUUCAACAAGGCUCUAAUGUGAACAAGGCCGACAAGGAAGGUGGAACACCAUUCAAUGCUGCCAUUCAAUACGGCCAUUUGGAAGCUAUGAUCUAUCUCAUAGAUAAUGGAGCCAAGCAGAACAGGUAUGGUGGAAUGACCCCACUCUAUUUUGUAGCUCAAUUUGGUCAUUUCGAUAUCCUGGAAUACCUCAUUUCCAAUGGGGGUGAUGUUAAUGAAGAAAAUGAUAAUGGGACAAUCCCAUUACAUGGAGCUGCUAUUAAGGGUGACCUGAAGAUCAUGAAAUAUUUCAUUCAACAGGGGUCUGAUGUGAACAAAGCUGAUUCAAAUGGUUGGACACCAUUCAAUGCUGCUAUUCAAUAUGGCCAUCUAGAAGCUGUCAAAUAUCUCAUGGAUAUAGGAGCCAGGCAGAACAUGUAUGGUGGAAUGACCCCACUCUAUUUUGUAGCUUUAUUAGGUCAUUUUGAUAUCGUGAAAUACUUAAUUUCUAAUGGCGCUGAUGUAAAUGAAGAAGAUGAUAAUGGAAGGAUUCCUCUUCAUGGAGCUACUAUUAACGGUAAUAUGAUGAUCAUGGAAUAUCUCAUUCAACAAGGCUCUAAUGUGAACAAGGCCGACAAGAAAGGUGAAACACCAUUCAAUGCUGCCAUUCAAUACGGCCAUUUGGAAGCUGUGAUCUAUCUCAUAGAUAAUGGAGCCAAGCAGAACAGGUAUGGUGGAAUGACCCCACUCUAUUUUGUAGCUCAAUUUGGUCAUUUCGAUAUCCUGGAAUACCUCAUUUCCAAUGGGGGUGAUGUUAGUGAAGAAAAUGAUAAUGGGACAAUCCCAUUACAUGGAGCUGCUAUUAAGGGUGACCUGAAGAUCAUGAAAUAUUUCAUUCAACAGGGGUCUGAUGUGAACAAAGCUGAUUCAAAUGGUUGGACACCAUUCAAUGCUGCUAUUCAAUAUGGCCAUUUGGAAGCUGUGAAAUAUCUCAUAGAUAAUGGAGCCAAGCAGAACAGGUAUGGUGGAAUGACCCCACUCUAUUUUGUAGCUCAAUUUGGUCAUUUCGAUAUCCUGGAAUACCUCAUUUCCAAUGGUGCUGAUGUGAAUGAUGAGAAUGAUAAUGGGAUGAUUCCAUUACAUGGAGCUGCUAUUAACGGUAACACGAAGAUCAUGGAAUAUCUCAUUCAACAAGGCUCUAAUGUGAAAAAGGCCGACAAGGAAGGUGGAACACCAUUCAAUGCUGCCAUUCAAUAUGGCCAUUUGGAAGCUGUGAAAUAUCUCAUAGAUAAAGAAGCCAAGCAGAACGGAUAUGGUGGAAUGACCCCACUUUAUGUUGCAGCUCUGUUAGGACAUUUAGAUAUCGUGAAAUACUUCAUUUCUAAUGGCGCUGAUGUAAAUGAAAAUAAUGAUAAUGGAAAGAUUCCUCUUCAUGGAGCUACUAUUAACGGUAACAUGAUGAUCAUGGAAUAUCUCAUUCAACAAGGCUCUAAUGUAAACAAGGCCGACAAGGAAGGAGGAACACCAUUCAAUGCUGCCAUUCAAUACGGCCAUUUGGAAGCUCUGAAAUAUCUCAUAGAUAAAGGAGCCAAGCAGAACAGAUAUGAUGGAAUGACCCCACUUUAUACUGCAGCCCAAUUAGGUCGUUUAGAUAUCGUAAAAUUCUUCGUUUCAGAUCCCGCUGAUGUGAAUGAAAGAAAUGAUAAUGGGAGGAUCCCAUUGUUUGGAGCUACUAUUAAUGGUAAUAUGAAGAUCAUGGAGUAUCUCAUUCAACAAGGGUCUGAUGUGAACAAGGCUGAUUCAGAGGGUGGGACCCCAUUCAAUGCUGCGAUUGACUGCGGUCGUCUAGAUGCUGUCAAAUAUCUCUUAGAUAAAGGAGCUAAGCAGAACAGAUAUGAUGGAGUGACCCCUCUUCAUGCUGCAGCUCUAUUAGGUCAUUCCGAUAUCGUGACAUUCUUCGUUUCCAAUGGCGCUGAUGUGAAUGAAGAAGAUGAUAAUGGAAUGAUUCCUCUUAAUGGAGCUGUUUUCAGCGGUGAUAUGAAGAUCAUGGAAUAUCUCAUUCAACAAGGCUCCGAUGUGAACAAGGCUGAUACAAAGGGAUGGACACCAUUCAAUGCUGCCAUUCAACACGGUCGUCCAGAAGCUGUCAAAUAUCUCAUAGAUAAAGGAGCCAAGCAGAACAGGUAUGGAGGAAUGACCCCACUCUAUAUUGCAGCACAAGCCGGUCAUUUAGAUGUAGUCAAAUUAUUGAUAUCCAACGGUGCUGACGUCAAUGAGGUAGAUGACGAAGGAAUUAUCGUUCUUCACGCUGCUGCCCGAAACGGAAACAUCGAAAUCAUUGAGUAUCUCAUUCAGCAAGGCUCUGAUGUAAACAAGGCAGGCAACAUUGGGCUUACACCACUGAAUGCAGCAAUCAUUGAAGGCCGUCUGGAAGUUGUUAAAUUUCUGCUCGCUAAAGGAGCCAAUUAUGUCAGUUAUGAAGGUAUGACUCCACUUUACAUCGCAACACAAUACGACCAUAUCGACGUAGUGAAAUUCCUAGUAUCCAAGGGAUUUAAUGUGAACGAAGGGACUGAAUGCGGGAAAUCUCCACUCCAUGCAGCAUGUUACAAUGGCAACAUUGAUAUGGUAGACCUCCUACUUCUCAACAAUGCUAAUGCUAAUCAACAAGAUCAAGAUGGAUGGACGCCACUCCAAGCCGCUGUACAAGAAGGAUAUCAGCACAUAUCCGAUUACCUUUUAGUACAUGGGGCACACAUGAAGGAUAGUGAUGUUUUGGCAUUGAUGCAUACGUCGCCAAACACAGGUCAUUAUACGCUAACAGAAGGAAUCCUGAAUAUACACGACAUUGCUGAAGAUGAGACACGAGUACAAAACCAAAAUGAUCAUCAGACAGCCAUGAAAGAAGAAUGUGUAAUGGCAUCCAUGACGGACCUCGAGAAGCGGUUAAAGACAACACAUACCAAACAAUCCAAACUACAAGUGCAAAAUAUCUAUAACGGGAAUACAUUCAUCCAAGCUGACACCGAAGAUGAAAGAUGCGCUGAACUCUCGUUGAGGGCUUUCUCCACUGGGGCUUAUAAAGCUGAUGAUCGCGCCAAUCAGGAGCUUUAUCCUUUUCUUGAUGCCAAGUCGAAAUCUCCUGAAAAAUCUGAAAAUGGUUCGACCCGGGAUGACAUUGACGCAGUACAGAACAACAUGACUAGGAAACAAUACAACCUAGCCAAUGAUACAAGCCGUCGUGACUCGCAAGUUGAAGAUGGAUGGACGCAAAUUCAAGCCGCUAGACAAAAAAGCCACCUACAAGAUACUGAGCAUCACCCAGUGUGUGAGACACACAUUGUGGAUAAGGAUGGCAUGACUUCAGAACAGGCGCCGCCAAACAUGGAUCAUUCCACACAAAUAGAAGGAAUUCCGGGUACUGAUGCCCGUGCUCAAAUAGCGACACAAGAUCAACAAUAUAAAGGCGAUCAAACUGCAAUCACAUCAGAAUUCACGACAUACAUGGUAGACCACAAUACGCAAUCACGUGCAACAAAUACAGAACAAUCCAAACUACGCAUGCACAAUAUCUACGAUAGCAAUGCAUUUAUCCAAGCUGGCAUAGGAGAGGAAGGAUGUACUGAACCCUCGUUAAGGGCUCCAUCCACUAGGGCACAUAGGGCUAAGGAUAGCGCCAAUCUGGAGUCUGGUGUCAAGUCGAAAUCUCGAGACAAAUCAGAACAUGGUUUGACCAAGGAUGGCAUUGAAACAGUAGAGAACAGCAUGGCUAGGAAACAAUACAACCGAAGCAAUGAUACAAGCCGUCCAGUCUCGCUCGGACCUCAGAAUUGGCAAUUCAGCGGAUUUGACCCACCAAUUCUCCGAACACAGAAACACUCCAUGACCAGUGGCCAAAAUUCAGAAGACCCACGGUCGAGAUUGCAUCUCUUAACUGAAGAGAUUGGACAAACCAGAGUCUGA